CAGUGUAUAGUGCAGUUGUUUUCAGUACGAGCGUUACCCUGACAACCUGAUAACAACCAUUAGAAAUCCUUUAAUCCGUAUUGUGAAGGAGAUCCCCGGAGUGAGAGAUGAACGGAACCAGAGAGGCGAGUUUAAAUCAAUGUUCGAGCGUGAGAUGAAUUCAGAAACCAGCUCUGCGAGUCCUCUUGGGGGAAAGCCGGUACUAACAGUACCAAUGAAAGUACCGCAAAACAACUUCGCCACUUGCUAUUGACACAGCUGUGGAUGUGAACCUAAAAGCAGAACAUCUGGUGUCUUGCCUGAGUGAAUACACGGCCGUGAGGAAUUUUUGCUAAAAACAUUCUUCUUUGCCGUGGAACGAGAACUGCUUCACACGUCAAACGCAACUCCCUCCCCAAACAUGUAACACGUAGCAGUGCUUUCUGGCAGGAGACAUCAUGACAGAGGAGCCCCUUUGGCUCUUGGACCUGCGGUCAGAUUCUUUGAGGUCAUUUGACCUGCAUUCUGGACACAGGGACCUUGUGCCGCAGUGAUUUAGUCACUGUGUUCUAACCCAGAUUUCCCUUUGUGCCGUCUGGGCAACAGUGUCAACCUGCCCUUUGGAAGAUGACAGAAAAUUGUUUCAUGCACCAUAGGACGAAGGUGCUGACCAUAGACACUAUGAACCCCAAUGUGAAGAAGGUUGAGUACGCUGUGAGAGGACCAAUCGUUCAACGUGCUGUCCAGAUUGAGAAGGAACUCAAAGCGGGUGCAAAGAAGCCCUUCUCAGAAGUCAUCAGAGCUAAUAUUGGUGAUGCCCAUGCAAUGGGCCAGCGGCCAAUCACCUUCUUCCGACAGGUUUUGGCUCUCUGCUCGUAUCCAGAACUCCUUGAGGGAAACGAGUUUCCAGAAGACGCUAAAGAAAGAGCACGCCGCAUUUUACAGGCCUGUGGAGGGGGCAGUAUUGGGGCAUACAGUGCCAGUCAAGGCAUUGAAUGUGUGCGACAGGAUGUCGCUCGCUACAUCCAAGAGCGGGACGGUGGGAUCCCCUGUAACCCUGACAACAUCUACCUCUCUACUGGUGCCAGUGAUGCCAUUGUGACCAUUCUGAAGUUGCUAGUGUGUGGUGAGGGUCGAAAUCGCACCGGAGUGAUGAUCCCCAUCCCCCAGUACCCACUUUACUCUGCUGCCUUGGCUGAUCUUGGAGCCGUGCAGAUCGAGUACUACCUGGAUGAAGAGAACUGCUGGAGUCUGGAUGUGAGCGAGCUGCGGCGUGCUCUGGUGGCUGCCCAGCAGCAUUGCUCUCCCCGUGCCCUCUGCAUCAUCAAUCCAGGCAAUCCCACUGGUCAGGUGCAAAGCAGGCAGUGCAUCGAAGAUGUCAUCAGAUUUGCUGCUGAAGAACAUCUCUUUCUGAUGGCUGAUGAAGUGUACCAGGACAAUGUGUAUGCAGAGGGCUGCGAGUUCCACUCCUUUAAGAAAGUGUUGUUCGAGAUGGGACCAGAGUACUCCGACACAGUGGAGCUUGUCUCCUUUCACUCCACCUCAAAGUGCUACAUGGGCGAGUGUGGCUUUCGGGGAGGCUACAUGGAGGUGAUCAACAUGGACCCUGAUGUAAAAGUCCAGCUCACCAAGCUAGUGUCAGUCCGGCUCUGCCCCCCUGUCCCAGGCCAAGCCCUGUUGGACGUAGUGGUGAACCCGCCACGGCCGGGCGAGCCCUCCUUUAACACUUACAUAAAGGAGCGAACCUCCACUCUCCAAGUGCUGGCAGAGAAGGCUUGGCUUACGGAGGAGGUGUUCAACACUGUGCCUGGCAUCACUUGCAAUCCAGUGCAGGGGGCCAUGUACUCCUUCCCUCGCAUUAGCCUCCCAGAGCGAGCCAUCCAGCAGGCGAAGGAGAAGGGACAGGCUCCAGACAUGUUCUACUGCAUGAAGCUGCUGGAGGAGACUGGCAUCUGUCUGGUCCCCGGAAGUGGUUUCGGGCAAAGGGAGGGCACGUACCAUUUCAGAAUGACCAUCCUGCCCCCCACAGACAAGCUUAAGAUUGUGUUGGAAAAGGUGAAACAGUUUCACCAGAGUUUUACCCAGCAGUACUCCUAAUGAACCUCGCAGCACGCAUGCCUACCUGUUCAUACCACUGGAUCUGGGAGUGGGGCUUCCACUGAGCCAGAUGCAUGUAGGCACCGUAGUGUCACGGUUACGGACGGAUGAAUGUUUCAGAGGGCUUGGCUGGAGUUUAGUGCCCUUUCUCUAUAUACAUGGGUGUGCACAGAAAUAAACCAUAUGUCUGUGUUUUCAGAAAGAAAUUAAAACUAUGAACUGAAAUAGAACCUGCUAAAGUUUUUACAGGCAUUAGUAAUGAGGUGGUUUUUGUCAGAAUGAUACGAGUGAAACAAACUACUUAGGUAUAAAUGUUCCAAAUGCCAUUUUAUAUUGCUUUGAGUCUGGCCCUUGUUCUUUAACUUCUCCUGUUCUGUUGCUGUAAAAUAAUUGAAAAUUGUGGAAUAUUUUUGUGUUGCCUAUACCCUGUGAGUUUGACUUUUUAAGGGCUUAGGUAAGGGUUCAAUGAAGUGUAUGCAAGUAAAAAUUGAGUAUAUCUAAUUAUAUAAUUUACUCUAUGAAAAUAAUAGCUGUUUAAUAUUUUAUUCAAUAAAAGUUGCACCUUUGUCUCAAAUUGAAAUACAUUAUUGGUUUUUGUCUUUCAGCAAUUUCAUUCUAUAAAGACACUUGCAAGGAGUUUACACCAGAGGGAUCUGUGAAUGAAUGUUGAAUUUUUUUACCCUUCAGUAAUCCAUUUAAACUGUAUUGUCCUUCUUGUUAUAGUCUAAUGAUGUGUAUGACGUCUUUCUCUCCCUCUUCUUCCAUGCCUGUAUUUUCAAAGCAGGUGUUCCUGCUUGAAAAGAAGGGUCGCUCAGAAAUGUGAGGCUCUCAAACCCAUUUAAGGAGAACUACAUGGGCCGUUCACAUGCAGAUGUGCAACAAGAAGCUCUAAAGGGAUCAGACGUUUCUCUUUUCAGACACUAAAAUAGAUUGAACAAGAUCCUGUUGGUUGUUACAUGCAAAUAAUCAUGUCACUGUGUUGAAUUUUUGGUGGAAAAUGGUGUAAGACAAUUGCUGGCAGAAGCAUUGAGACACUGGGGUUUUUUUGGUUAAUGUUUCAUAAGUAGAUGUGGAUGGAGGAGGGUCACUGGCACGGUGGACAGAUAGCAGAAUGAAUGUACAUGCCACAGGAACUCACUGCAGGGUGUGGGACAUUCUUCUGUCAUCUUCAUGCUCCUCUUUCAUUCAUUUUCCACUUUUAUCCAGUUUGACAGAGCAGAAUUGUAUGU